GAUAACAAUAACAACGACGUCACAGCCGAGGGCCGCCCCUCGCAGCUGAGGAAAGGAAAGUGAAACAGUUUUACUGCAGCGUUACAGCAGGACUCAAGGCUCAUUCGUCCACGAUGUCUUCAGAUGAGGAUUUCUCUCUGGUCACUGAUGACAACCCAUCACUCAACCUUAAAUCCAUUUAUAAAGAGAUCGAUAAGAUGAAGGCAGAAUACAAUGACCUGCUGAAGGAGCAGAAGUUGCUCUCUGAAGCCAAAAAGAGUAACGUCAUGUUUACUCAGGAGUUCCAGCAGCGAGCCAGUACUAUGAAAAAGCGCCUGGAGGACGAGAAGAUGAACCAAGCCGAGGCUCUGAAGAAAGAGCAGGAAAAACUGUCAGAUCUAAAAAAGGAGGAGAGCAAACUGAGUCUAGAGCUUCUGAAAAUCCAGCAGGAGUUGGGAAGAAUAGACGAAACCCACCAGAGCCUGAAACAGCAGACUGAGGUGUCCACUGCAGUGCCGGAGAAGAAGGUCGUAUUUAACGGCGAGACGGCUGAAGGAGAUGAUGCGCUGAGCUUUGAUGUAAAACCUAGCAUCGUGUACCCCAUGGAGGGAGGCACGGCAUUUAUCACCUUCGAGGAGGAAGAAGUUGCUGAAAAGAUCUUGGCUCUGAAGGAGCACGAGGUGCAGCUCGGGGAUUGUAGCAUCACCGUGCGGGCCGAGCCGGUGCAGUUUCUCGUCCCAGCCGAUGUUGAGAUGGACACUCAGGUUUGUCCUCGCCGCAUCCUUGUCUCCAACCUGCCCAAGAAAGAGAGCGUGGAGCGCAUCCUGGACAAGCUGGAGAUUCAUUUCUCAAAGUCAAGAAACGGAGGAGGCGAGGUGGAGGAUAUAGUCAUGCUGGACGAUUCUGGCAACGUGGUCAUCACCUUCCUAGACAGCAACAUUUCCAAGGGACUUACAGAUAAACAGAUGCAUGAGAUUGAGCUGGACAGAGGAAAGAGGUGCAAGGUGAAGGUCACGCCCUUUCUCAACGGCGAGAUCACACUUCUCAAGACGUGUAACACGACCUGCUCUAAGACCGUGCUGCUGACCGGAAUCCCCACUGUGAUGGAGAAGGACAACCUUCAGGACCUGCUGGAGAUCCACUUCCAGAAAUCUGCCAACAGCGGAGGAGAAGUGGACGCAAUCGUCUACAACCCAGUGGGCGGGAGAACCCUCGCCGUGUUCCAGGAGGACACUUCCAAACCUGAGUAGAACCAUUAAAGUGGACUGAGCCGUAAAAGCCAAUGAUAUUCUGAUAUUCUGGAGUUAUGUAAUGGACUUUCCUGGAGGUCUUUCAUCUAGAUAUGGGCCAAUCAUAUUACUUACCUGGUUUAUGAUUAUAUUCAUGAUUUUAAGAAUAUUUAAAAUAAAUUUUCGGUACAUUUCUCUA